AUGGACUUUGAACCUACAGCUCGACCAGAAUGCUCUGCUGGUAACGUUGUUCAGUAAAUAUCUGAUGCCCCAGACGGUGAAGUCAGAGCUCGCUGUUCUGUUAGUGCUCUUCCCGCAAGAGAUGCUGGACCACUUAAGUUUUAUUGGACUUAUAAUGGGACCAGGAACGUUCUUCCAAUUCCUGUAUCAAACGUCACAGCAAUGGGUUCAAGUAGCAGUGCUAUCCAUGGAUUACCUAAUAUUGAUGACGAGGGUUUAGGCUGGUCAGCCUACUGGGCCAGGAAUGAUAUUGGGAUUGGUUCCCAAUAUCAUUCCUGACCUGGAGAACCCUGCUUAUUUAGGAUCAUGCCAGCUGGAUACCCUGGAUACCCAGGAUACGCAGGAAUGAAGCAAUUGCGAAAUAGAGAACGACAUAACGGCGGUCUCCCUCAGUGGUUUGUAAUGGAGGCCCUUGGGGUUAAACAGCAAGAAAUACAACGAAAUGAUCUGGAUUCUGCUAUGAAUGAUCAAGGUAUCUCUGGGCGUGGAUUAACUGAGACAGUCUAUGAAACAAGCAAUGAUGGGACACCUCAAUUUCCCCUCGACUCACUUUCUCCUGGACGUUAUACAUUUCUUAUAUAUGCUGUAAAUCCUCGUGGUCGAUCGUUACAACCCGCUGCAUCUCCACAACAACUAAGGCCCCAAGAUAACAGUGUGCCUUUGCUGGUUAGUGCUGUUCUUGCCUUGGUCAUGCUAACCAUUCUUACUACUCUCUGCGUCACUUAGUAGCAAUGUGUAAGAAGAAACCACGUCGUAACGGACACAGAACAGAAUGCCCUGACCCGUAACAUUGGAGUAUAUAUGUAUAGUGCAACAGCACUCACCCCGAGCAUAGUAGCGACCGUCGUAGUACGCGGUCACCGGGGAUAUAGAGUGUUAGCUGCUCGAUGGUCUGGAGUCUGA